AUGGCAUCUGAACUUCGUGAACAACUUUCUGAAUUUAUAGGUUUUAAGCUCGAUGAGAUUCGUCUUCCAGAGACAGAGAGAGAUCAACAACUUUUUCAAAAAAUUAUUGCGGAUCAAAGAACAGCAACAGGUAUUGUGAUAGAUGGAGUUUUGUUAAAUAUGCCUCAUAAUAUUUCCAAUAAAAUUGAAACACAUCUCCGACACAAAUUCAAAGGCAUUCCACUGGCACCCAUAGUAAGGUACCCCAACAUCCCAUCGCAAUUGGAUUCAGAAUAUGACAUUAUUUAG